UGGAACAAGGAACGAACCAUUUCCUUCCCUGUAUUUUAUUACUACUUCUUUGCUCCUCUUUCUUCUUCUUCUACUUCUGAGAUUUUCUGUAUAGAGUUGUAGCAUAGUAUAUUACUGAUACAGAGAUUGAAAACAUGGCUUCCAAGUUAACAACGUGUUUUGUGUGCUGGAAUCUAAGUGGCUUCAACUGUAACCAACACAAUAGGGUGGUGCGAUUUCCCUUUCCUGCUUCUUGCAAAAUGCGACACCGAACUCUCAGUUCACAGCAUAAAAGACAACAACAGAUCAAGAAAUCACAGCCUGGAGGUCCCCUUCCAAAUCAAGAUGAGGACUUGGAGCAUACCAAGGUUUCAUUGGAUAGUGUCCCAAACUUGGACAAUGAUUCUGUGGAGAAUUUGAAUCGUCCAAUUGUACUACCUGAUAAUACCACCACCCCUUUGGCCACAAACAUAAAUGGAGCAGAGCAGGCCCAACGGUUGUCUGGUGGCCAACUUGAGGAUUUGCUAGGCCUGAUAAGAAAUGCAGAGAAAAACAUCCUUCUUUUAAAUCAGGCCAGAGUUCGUGCACUUGAAGAUCUUGAAAAGAUUCUUGCUGAAAAGGAAGCAUUACAAGGAGAAAUUAAUGUCUUAGAAAUGAGGUUGGCUGAGACUGAUGCACGGAUUAAAGUUGCCACCCAGGAAAAGAUAGAUGUGGAACUCUUGGAGGGCCAGUUAGAGAAAUUGCGUAAUGAGUUGGCUCAAAAGGGAAGUACUGAAGGAAGAGAUGUUGAAUUGCAUGACCUUCAAAAAGAAAUUUUGAGUGAUGAAUGCCUCCUGAGUCAUAAUGAAAGCAUCCAUUCUCUUACAGAGGAGCUUAAUUCAUUGAGGGCAGAAAAUGCCUCUUUGAAGAAUGCCAUAGAAUCAUUUAAAACACAGCUUAGUGAUGUCAAGAAUAAUGAUGAACGUUUAGUUGUAUUGGAAAAGGAACGAUCAUCUUUAGAAUCUGCCCUAAAAGACUUGGAAUCAAAACUGUCAAUAUCUCAGGAAGAUGUGUCAAAACUGUCUACGCUUAGAGUUGAAUGCAAGGAUUUAUGGGAUAAGGUUGAAAAUUUGCAAUUGUUGCUGGAUAAAGCAACCAAACAAGCUGAUCAAGCUAUUAUAGUGCUGCAACAAAACCAGGAUCUUCGAAGGAAGGUUGAUAAUUUGGAAGCAACUCUUGAAGAAGCUAAUAUCUAUAAGCUAUCAUCAGAUAAAUUGCAAAAAUAUAAUGAACUAAUGCAACAAAAGAUAAAACUAUUGGAGGACCGUCUUCAAAAAUCAGAUGAAGAGAUAAGCUCUUAUGUUCAGCUGUAUCAAGAGUCAGUGAAGGAAUUUCAAGAUACACUUGAUACACUGAAGGAAGAAAGCAAGAGAAGGGCACUAGAUGCACCAGUGGAAGAUAUGCCAUGGGAAUUUUGGAGUCGAUUGUUACUUCUAAUUGACGGUUGGUCACUUGAAAAGAAAAUAUCGGUAGAUGAAGCAAAGCUUUUAAGAGAAAAGGUGUGGAAGAGAGAUAGGCGUAUUCGUGAUAUAUAUUUGUCUUGCAAAGAACAGAGUGAAGACGAGGCUAUUUCUGCAUUUCUUGAGCUUCCAUCAUCUGCAACAAGUCCAGGAUUAUAUGUGAUUCAUAUUGCAGCAGAGAUAGCACCAGUAGCUAAGGUUGGUGGUUUGGGGGAUGUUGUCAGUGGUCUUGGGAAAGCAUUGCAAAAGAAAGGACACCUUGUUGAAAUUGUAGUCCCCAAAUAUGAUUGUAUGCAACAUGACCGCGUCCGUGACUUGAGGGCUCUGGAUGUGGUGAUACCGUCAUACUUUGAUGGACAAUUAUUCAAAAAUAAAAUCUGGGCUGGCACUGUUGAAGGCCUUCCUGUUUAUUUCAUUGAACCCCAUCAUCCUGAUAAGUUAUUUUGGAGAGGACAAUUUUAUGGCGAGCAUGAUGAUUUCAGACGCUUUUCAUUUUUUAGCCGUGCAGCUCUUGAGUUUCUUCUUCAAGCUGGCAAGAAGCCAGAUAUCAUUCAUUGCCAUGAUUGGCAGACAGCAUUCAUUGCUCCUCUAUAUUGGGAUAUAUAUGCCCCGAAAGGUUUAAAUUCAGCUAGGAUAUGUUUUACAUGCCACAACUUUGAGUAUCAAGGGACUGCAGCAGCUUCAGAGUUGGAAUCAUGUGGUCUUGAUGCCCACCAUCUAAACAGACCAGAUAGAAUGCAGGACAACUCAGCACAUGAUAGAGUCAAUUCUGUCAAGGGUGGAGUUGUUUUCUCAAACAUUGUGACAACAGUGUCACCUACUUAUGCCCAAGAAGUGAGAACUGCAGAGGGAGGACAAGGCCUCCAUUCAACUCUCUCGGCUCACUCCAAAAAGUUCAUUGGUAUUCUUAAUGGCAUUGACACUGAUUCAUGGAAUCCUGCCACCGACACAUUUCUUGAUGUUCAGUACAAUGCAAAUGAUCUUCAAGGGAAAGCAGAGAAUAAGCAAGCAUUGAGAAGGAACCUAUGUCUUUCAUCUGCAGAUGUUAGGAGGCCAUUGGUUGGCUGCAUAACAAGAUUGGUUCCACAAAAAGGUGUUCAUCUUAUCAGACAUGCAAUAUAUCUAACACUGGAGCUGGGAGGACAAUUUGUUCUACUUGGUUCAAGUCCAGUGCCACAUAUUCAGAGAGAAUUUGAGGGCAUUGCCAACCACUUUCAGAAUCAUGAUCACAUAAGGUUGAUAUUGAAGUAUGAUGAAUCUCUCUCCCAUACCAUUUAUGCUGCAUCUGACAUGUUCAUCAUUCCAUCGAUCUUUGAACCUUGUGGCCUAACACAGAUGAUAGCAAUGAGAUAUGGUGCCAUUCCUAUUGCCAGAAAAACUGGUGGCCUGAACGACAGUGUUUUUGAUGUUGAUGAUGAUACAAUACCUUCACAGUUUCGAAAUGGAUUUACAUUUUUGAAUGCCGAUGAGCAGGGAAUAAACGGUGCUUUGGUACGUGCAUUUAAUCUUUUCAUGAACAAUCCUGAGAGUUGGAAGCAACUUGUUCAGAAGGACAUGAACAUAGAUUUCAGCUGGGAUUCUUCAGCAGCACAAUAUGAGGAUCUCUACUUAAGGUCUGUGGCUAGAGCAAGGGCAACAAAACGUGCUUAAAUGAAGCAAAAAGGUGGCUUUCUUCUGCUAUCAGUUCAAUUUGUCAGUUUUCUACACAGAGAGAGAGCUCAGAUUUAAUGCUCAAUCAGCUGGAUUUAACUAAUUGGGCAUAUCUGUCAUCCAAGAACAUCUCAGAUUCAUAUUUAUGAAUGUGACAUGGCUGCUGAACUGGAUUAAGUUACGUGCAUCGUCGUCGUCGUCAUCACUGGUUACUCUCUUAUUUCUUCAUUUGACGAGAGGCUUCAGUUUGAUCAUAGAAGCAACCUUUCUCAUACUUCGAUGAAUUCUAGGUGACAUUUUAACUUUAUUAUGCCUCACAAGAUUGGGUGAUUUUUUUCCUAUUAUUUCCUCUCUUGUUUUUUCGUUUUUCUUAUUUUAUAAUAUUUCAGUGUAUAUUAUAAAGGUCAUACAUGUAAAGCAUUACAACUUUGGUU